AUCUGGGAGGAAAUUGGAAUCCCUGAGGACCAGCGAUUACAAAGGACACAUGUAGUAAAGAAUCAUAUUAAAGGCUUACUCGAGAUGAUGAUUACAGAAGAGGAGAACCUGAAGAAACGAUUGAAGAGUAGUAUAGAGACCUGUCACAAAGAGCUAAAUGCAGUUUGCAAGGAACUUCAAAUACCCCCAUUCGAGCAGGAAGAAGGACUUACAAUGCUGCAGAUAGAGAAGGAUGCUCGGACUCGACUGGAGGCCAUGAUAAAGCAGAAGAGCCAGAGAAUGCAAGACCUGAAAGCUUUGACCCUGCAGGACCAGGAUCUAUGUGACGUCCUAUGCACAGACCCAUAUUCCAUUGCCCCUGAUGUGGUCCCUUCGUUGGAUCAGCUGGAUAACUUCCGCCAUCGCAUUGCAAGCCUCACUGCAGAAAAGGAACGACGACGUGCUGAAUUUGUCAGCCUAAAAAAGCAUAUUAUAUUAUGCAUGGAGGACCUUGACCAACUGCCAGAAACAAGUUUUGAGAGGGAUGUGGUGUUAAAGGAUGGGAAGGCCUUUUGUUUAUCUCACGAAAACAUUACAUCCCUCAAACUGCUCCUCAGGCAGCUGGAGGAUCAGAAAGCUGAGAACGAGGUCCAGUGUACUGCCUACCGCAAAGAAGUCCAGAAGCUGUGGGAACGGCUGCAGGUUUCGCAGGAGCAGAGGGACGCAUUCUCAGAUCACAUGGUUAUGUCCAAGAAGAGGAACCUUGAAGCUUUAAAAGUAGAAGUGAAGCGUCUUGAGGAGCUAAAACUUCGAAACAUUCAAGAAGUUAUCGAAGUAAUUCGAGGAGAGGUGGCCUUGUACUGGGAGAAGUGUUUUUUCAGUGCUGAUCAGCGUCAAGCCUUCCUGCCAUACUAUGAUGAGAAUUUGACUGACGACUUGUUGCAUCUCCAUGAUGCUGAAAUCCUACGGCUCAAACAUCAUUAUGACGAACACAAAGAGCUUUUUGAAGGAGUUCAAAAGUGGGAAGGGAGUUGGAAGCUCUUCCUGGAGCUUGAGAAAAGAGCAACCGAUCCCUCUCGAUUCACUAACAGAGGGGGAAAUCUUCUGAAGGAGGCAAAACAAAGGGCUGACCUGCACAAAAGCUUGCCAAAGCUGGAGAAGAAGCUCAAGGCCCAGAUUGAGGUGUGGGAGCAGGAGCAGGGCUGUGAGUUCCUGGUCAAUGAGCAGAGGUUCCUGCAGUAUGUGGAGGGGCGGUGGGAGCUCCACCGAAUAGAAAAGGAGCGGGAAAAACAAGAGCGGCUUCUGAAGAAAAGUAAACAGAUUGAGGAAGACCUGCUCUAUGGCACUUCUGUACGAACACCAUCCAAGAAGAGACCCCCAGGAACUACCACACCGGGCAAAACGCAAAAGCAUGGUCUUGCUGUUCGGACCCCAGGGCGGAGUAAGCCUGCUCGCAUAGGCCUGCUGGAACGUAACAAGGAGAACAUGUCUCCCCUCAGCGGGACUGCUGUGAGCGGUGGGUGGGGGGCACAGGCUGGUCACCCACAAUGCAGCCUCAGCCCUAGCUCUGUUGCCAGCACCUAUUCUGAGUUUGCGAAGGAAACUGUCAGCGCAGCAUCAACUAUCCAGUCCAAGACUGUAUGAAAACUGAUCACUUAGUUUCCCAAAGGUACAGUUCUGUCCCCCC